ACGCCAAUAUUCAUGAGGAGAGGGAUGGAGCGGAUUGGAGAAAGAGGCGAAGAAUCGUCGGCAUCUUCCGGAUCCCAACCGGGGCCGCUCAAGCGCCUGAAAACCCUAGAGAAGGGCAAGGCGAAGGUGGAGACGAAACCAUGGGACAUCGGAGAAGAUUACGCGGCGUUCUCCGAGAAGGUGGAGGAGGCGGAGGAGGAGGAGGAAGAGCAGACGUGCGGCAUCUGCUUUUCCGGUUCCGGGAGGUCGGUCCGCGGCCGGAUCGAUUGCUGCGACCACUACUUCUGCUUCGUCUGCAUCAUGGAGUGGGCUAAGAUCGAGUCGAGGUGCCCCCUCUGCAAACGUCGCUUUGGUUCCAUCCGCCGCCCUCCGGUGCGCGGCGUCUUCCUCGCCGAGCGGGUGGUCGAUGCCCCCGUCCGCGAUCAGGUUUACAAUCAACAUGGAAACGAGAGCAGAGCGCCUGAUCCAUAUGCAAAUAUUACCUGCAGUAUUUGCCAUGGUUCUCAAGAUGAAGAACUACUACUGCUUUGUGAUUUAUGUGAUUCAGCUUCUCAUACAUUUUGUAUUGGUUUGGGGGCUACUAUACCUGAGGGUGAUUGGUACUGUGCUGAUUGCACCAUUUCUAAGGAUUGGCAUUCAGGAUUGCAGCUUGAGGAUGAUCCUUGUCCUCAAUAUUCUCCCAAAUUGGGACUAUCUAAGCAAUUCAUUUCAAUCGCCGACGUUGUAGCUGAUGAAAUCCCUUCUUAUCCAUCCAGAAGGUUUAAUGUCGGUGUUCAAGAACCACAAACAACUUAUCAGUCCAGAAAUGUUUUUCAUGGCAGACGUGAUAACUCUGGUACACAGACAGAUUCUUCGUCUGUUCCUACUAUUGGUGAAUCUUUAAAUAACCCAGCAAUACAGAAUGAGGCAGUUGCCAGAACCUUGCAAAGUUCUCGUAAUUUACAUGGUCAUAUACAAUCUUUGCGGAAAAAUUGGAAUAACCUUCGUACUGGUUCGUUACAGUUCUCCAAUUUAUCAGCUGUGAGGAUAACUGAGAAAAGACAAUUUGAGCCACUGGAAACUAUGAACACAUCAAAACAAAAAGGCAACUCAUAUCAUGCAAACCAAGAACAAACAAAUACAUCUAAUGUUUAUAAGAGUACAUGUAAGAUAGCAGAUUCAGAAGAUAUCAGCAAAGCAUGGAAAAUGAUGGAAAUGGCUAAAGCUGUACAAUCAAAUGGAAGAGAGAACAAAUCUAAUAAUCUCCUGAACUCUCUUUGUAAGAAGAAUGACAUAAUGAAUGCUGUAAAUCAUCAUAGCUUGGCAAAUUACUCUAGCAUGAGAAAUGCCUCUAAGGGAGCUGAAAAGUGUCAAUCUGGUUUGAGAACUUGCAAUGGUGAAUCACCACUUGGCAAUAGUGCUUCUCAAUCUGGAGCAGAAGAGAAAUUUCAAGGACCUCGCUGGAAGAAUGAGCUAUCACCACAAGUGGCCUUAUCCCAAACUUCAGUGUUGCCUAAUUCCCCAAACUCACUUACUCAUUCUGGUUCUGCUGCCCUCUCUUCUGAUAUUGAAGCAAAAAACAAAGAAAUCUCACGCAACAAGAUGGACACUAGUUUGAACUUGAGCACUGACAGUAAUAGGGUUAAAAGAACUCCUAACCAAAAGUUUGAAUCAUUUGAUAAGCUGAAUUUGGGUGGCCCAAGUAUAGAUGCUUUGAAAACAAGUGAUUCCACCUACAGUAGUUGCAAAAGUGAGAUCCAGUAUUUAGUCAAGUUGAACCUGAGGCUGCUAACCAGAGACAAAAAAUUAGAAAUUGCAAGCUUCAAGCAAGUUGCAAGGAUUGCUACUCACACCAUCUUAGCUGCAUGCGGAUUGGAACAUUCCAAAUUGUGCGCUCGAGCUUUCUCAACUCCAAUUUGCAAACACUCCAAAGAAAAUCAAUUCCGUAAGUCGAAUUUAAUGUCCAAUUCUUGUCAUGAAUGCUUCUGCUCCUUUGUACAGAGUGUUGUGAAAUCUGUUACAUCUGAAACAAAUUUAUUCCAAUCUCCACCAUGUUGACUUCUGAUCUUCUGGCAUUGGUUUGGUGCCUUGGAUAAAUGCAAGUCAUCUCUUUGUACCUCAUUCUUUUUUGUUAUAAUAUACAUCUUAAAUUAUUAUUUCUUGAAUACCGGCAAUUCUAAUGUGAAUCUCUUUGUGCCAUAUGUUGUGUAUAUUAUUGUAGCUAAAACUAGAGUACAAUCUUGACCAAUAUGGAUAAUAAAACUAAAACUAGUAGAUUCGCCAAUCAAGAUUGGCGAACUGGAAAACCGUAUCCAUAGUCCAAGCACUGAAGAUCAAGAAGUUGAAAUCUCUCUUCCCAGUGGUGUCACCAACCCCUGUCUUUCUUGAUACAACAAAGGUGCUAGGUCACCUCGAAAAUAAAUUGUCUGAACAAUUGAAGUUCAAGGUAAGUCGCCAUUUGUUGGUUGCAGUUGCCAUCACCAUGUGCAUAGUAAUGACAUAUUUAUGUUACUCUUCCUCCUACUGAUAUACAUUUUCUUUUGUAGGAAGAUAACCUUCUCUUCAUCUGUGAAAUGAUACUUCCCUGCAAUCCCCUUUGGGUUUUCUGAUGCCAAUAAGAGAAGCUCCACCUAUUGUAGACUUUUUUUCUUGAUAAUGAAUCUUUAGCUUAUAAAGGAGAGCUUGGCGCAACAAAAAGUUGCUAUCAUGUGAUCUAAUAAUUACAAGUUUGAGUUGUGGAAACAAUUUUUUAUAAUGCAAGGUAAGACUCUAUACAAUAGAUCUUUA